CCGCCAUUAAAGAAAAAGGAUAUUCCUAUUUCUAAACACUCGUAUGGUCUCUGGACAAACCCUAGCAUUUUUUCUCCGUAGGAUUCCUAAACUUUCUCGAACCACUUCUCUCUCUUUAUAUACCCAGAAACAUUGAGGAACCCUUCGCUCAAUCCUCCCGUUUUUCAUCCCUCAAUUCUUCGCAUUGUUCGUGAAUGGUGGAACUUCUGAGUAAUUUGUUGAUGAUCUCCUUCUUGUCGUCUUCUCCAAGAAGGGGAAUCUCUCUUUCUUCUUCUUCUUCUUCUUUCUCCUUUGGAUCUUGCAAGCAAGCCUGGUACUACCGCUGCCUCGGCGUAGACCCUUAGGCCAAUAAUCCUCGUUUUCGGUUUUUUGUUUUAUUUGAUUUGAUUCCUCAUUUCCUCAAAUUCGUGUUCUUUUCGUUCUUGAUUUUACCCAAUUCUCCUGUUUUCUUGGAAAAAAAAAGGCGUUUUGUUUGAUUAUUAUUAUUAUUAGCGAAGAAGAUGAUGUUUGUUUGCAAGGCGAAGAAGAAUCCGGCGGCCGGAAAGCGGCUCCUGGUGAGCAUCACCGUGCUGGGAAGCGCCGGCCCGAUCCGGUUCGUGGCGAGCGAGAACGAUCUCGUCGCCGCGGUGAUCGAUACCGCCCUCAAAUCCUACGCUCGCGAGGGGAGGCUCCCGAUUCUCGGAUCGGAUCUCAACAACUUCGUACUCUAUUGCCCCAACGCUGCAACUGAAGCUCUUAGUCCAUGGGACACAAUUGGAUCACUGGGGGUUCGAAACUUUGUGCUGUGCAAGAAGCCGGCGGAGGAGAAAGCAACUUCCGGCGAUGGGAAACAGGCGGCCGAGGCGGUGGCGGCUCGGAAGUCGGGCAGCAUCUGGAAGACAUUGUUCAACAAGUCACUGAAUGCCAAGGUUAUGUCUCAUUGAGGUGGUGGGAUGGUUCACUCAAAAUCCCAAGAUUAUGUCUCAUUGGAGUGAAGUGCAAUAAAACAUUCUGUUAGGCAGUUACUGAUUGUCUUAGGUUGUCUCUUGGAUUUGUUGUUUUUGAGGUUUUUGCAAUUAGCUUUAAUUUGAUUUGAUCUGAUUUAUGAUUCAGAACUAGUAUCAAUGUAUUGUUGUUACCAUUCUAUUGUUAUUGUUCAAUAAAAGCUUAAAGUUUUAGACCUUAA